CUUGCAACAGCAUUAUAAGAUAAUAUUACUUCACAGUACUACUUUAAUUAAUUUAAUUAAUAAACAACCGUAAAAAUGAACGCCCAGUUAUUCGUUUUAGUUGCAGUGUUUGCUGCUGCUGCCGUAUCGGCUGUUCCAGUAUUAAACCAGGAGGGUGACGUUCUCAUUAGACAAAGAAGAGAGGGUCCUCAGGGCUUUGGAGGGGGCGGUGCUAACGGAAAAGUUCAAGGCGGAGUUGUAGGGUUCCAAAAUCCAAACGGUUCUGGUGGAAGUCUGUCCUACGGUCAUGCUAACGGUUACGGACAUAAUGUAGGUGUAGAUGCAAUGGUUCCUGCCUGGUCAAACAAAAACCGAUUUGGAGAGUCUACAAUAAACGUUGGAGGGGGCGCCACCCAUCACUUCGGAGGUCCAGGUGGAAGCCAGAAUUUGGACAAAAGGGUCGGGAUCAAUUUUAAUCACAGAUGGUGAACACUGAACGAACUUCAUAUUUGUGACGUUUUAAGGCUGAGUUUAUUGAUAUUAAAUAUAAAUAUAUUUUUGCUAUAAUAA